UGUGUACUAACUGUGAACUUACGACUACUGCAAACACCAUUCAAAAUGAGGGAAAUCGUACAUAUGCAAGCCGGACAGUGCGGAAACCAGAUCGGAGCCAAGUUCUGGGAAGUGAUCUCCGACGAGCACGGCAUCGACCCAACCGGCACCUACCACGGCGACUCCGACCUCCAGUUGGAGAGAAUCAACGUCUACUACAAUGAAGCUACAGGUGGCAAAUAUGUUCCCCGUGCUGUGUUGGUCGAUUUGGAGCCCGGAACUAUGGACUCCGUGAGAUCCGGACCUUUCGGUCAGAUCUUCAGACCAGACAACUUCGUGUUCGGUCAGAGCGGUGCUGGCAACAACUGGGCCAAAGGUCAUUACACAGAGGGCGCUGAACUCGUAGACUCAGUUCUGGAUGUUGUACGAAAGGAGUCGGAGAGUUGUGACUGCCUGCAGGGAUUCCAGCUGACACACUCGUUAGGUGGCGGCACUGGUUCCGGUAUGGGUACCCUGCUCAUCAGCAAGAUCCGCGAAGAGUACCCAGACAGAAUCAUGAACACAUUCUCAGUCGUCCCAUCACCAAAGGUAUCAGACACAGUGGUUGAGCCCUACAACGCUACCCUUUCAGUCCAUCAGCUGGUUGAGAACACAGACGAGACAUACUGUAUCGACAACGAGGCUCUGUAUGACAUCUGCUUCCGUACCCUGAAACUCACCACCCCAACCUACGGUGACUUGAACCAUCUGGUGUCUGCUACCAUGUCCGGAGUCACAACCUGUCUCAGAUUCCCUGGUCAACUGAACGCCGAUCUUCGCAAACUGGCAGUCAACAUGGUUCCAUUCCCACGUCUCCACUUCUUCAUGCCAGGCUUUGCCCCACUUACCUCCCGUGGAAGCCAGCAGUAUCGUGCCCUGACAGUUCCUGAGCUCACCCAGCAGAUGUUUGAUGCCAAGAACAUGAUGGCUGCCUGUGAUCCACGUCAUGGUCGCUAUCUCACUGUUGCCGCCAUCUUCCGUGGCCGCAUGUCCAUGAAGGAGGUUGAUGAACAGAUGUUGAACGUCCAGAACAAGAACAGCAGCUACUUCGUCGAAUGGAUCCCCAACAACGUGAAAACAGCCGUCUGCGACAUCCCACCACGUGGUCUCAAGAUGUCUGGUACAUUUAUUGGUAACAGCACCGCCAUCCAGGAGCUGUUCAAGCGAAUCUCCGAGCAGUUCACCGCCAUGUUCAGGCGAAAGGCUUUCCUCCACUGGUACACCGGUGAGGGUAUGGAUGAGAUGGAGUUCACUGAGGCAGAGUCCAACAUGAACGACUUGGUCUCUGAGUACCAACAGUACCAGGAUGCUACCGCUGAGGAGGAGGGAGAGUUUGAUGAGGAGGAAGGAGAGGCAGAAGAGGCAUAAUAAGCCAGGCUAAAUCCUACCAGUAUCAAUUCAGAACACAACUCAUUUGGAUCCUAACAAACCUACUCUAAUUCACCAUGUGUCGUGCAGUCGAAGAGAACUUGAAACGAACAGUCAGUGUUUCACUGAGAUAAAAACAAAAUCCAUUAUUUAUUUAUUAUACACAUUUAUAUCAUAUUCUGUUUAUAUUUGUUUAUUUAUUUAUUUAUUUAUUUAUUAAUCUAUCUAUCUAUUUAUCUAUCUAUUUAUAACCUAUUUAUUAAGCUAUUUAUUUGCAUCUGUCUAUAACAAUGAAUUGUAUUCUGAAUAAACAUACAUUGCCA